AUGCCUGAAAACAAAUUAGCAGCUCACAACGAGUUCCAACUUGUUAAGAACGAUCCGGGCUAUAUCCUUUACCAGCCUUACAAUUCCGAGGAGAAUAAAUCCUUGAUCGCUAAUUUUGUCCGCCAAAAAGCCCUUGCUUUCUGUCCUUACUACUUUGUCGAAAAGUCCGGUAAGGGCUCCGUCACCUUCUUUUACCCUAAUGAACAACUGUGCGGUUACAAAAACAUUUUGCACGGAGGUUUCAUUGCUUCCAUGCUCGAUGAAGCCUUGGCUUUCGGUAUUUUUGGCAACUUUCCCUCUCGUCUAGGCGUCACCUUUAAUUUAGAUGUAACUUAUGUGGCCCCUUCUAUCUGUGGACACCUUUACAAGAUAGUUUGUAACACUACCAAAAUCGAAGGAAGAAAGGGUUGGAUAUCCGGGGAGCUCUAUCGCCUCGCUGACAACGAAGAGCCCGCUCUAUGCGCAAAGGCCUCUGGUUUAUUUGUAGAGCCUUCCAAAAUCAAUUUAGAAAAACAUUUGUAA